AUGGCUACGAUCCACCCAAACAUGACAUCAACUGAAGACUACUUUGACUACUACAACAUAUUUCCACAUGAUGGCAAAUUCCAGAUCUGCACCAACACAGACGUACUGAACUUUAGCCGAGUACUCCGCCCUAUAUUAUACAGCAUCGUCUUCAUUGUGGGAUUUAGCGGUAACAGCCUGGUGCUGUGUGUCCUGGUGAAGUAUUACAAAUCACCCAACAUGUCAGAUCUGUGCCUCUUUAAUCUUGCACUUUCAGACCUCCUCUUCCUAUUGUCAUUACCUUUUUGGGCUCACUACGGAUCCAUCACUGAGUGGACCUUUGGGAGCUUUAUGUGCCAUGCAGUUACAGCGUUUUAUAUGCUGGGAUUCUAUGGAAGCAUCUUCUUCAUGAUCCUCAUGACUGUGGACCGUUAUGCUGUCAUUGCCCACCCCUAUAUGUCUCUCUUCACCAAGUAUCGUUCUGUUGAACCUAGCAUAGCUAUUUCUUUGUUUAUGUGGGCGCUCAGCUUGGCAGCCUCUUUGCCAACCAUUAUUUUCUCACAAGUGAAGAAUGAUUCAGAUGUUUGUACAUGCAGGGUGGAAUAUCCACAAGGGACAGCAUGGAAGGCAUUUUCUUACAUCGAGCUGAAUGUCCUUAGGUUAAUAAUUCCCCUGGCAGUGAUGGUGUUCUGUUACUCACGCAUCAUUCCAGUCUUAAUGGCCAUGACAUCACAGAAGAAACAUAGAGUUGUCCGACUCAUGUUGGUUUUGGUUAUUGUUUUUUUCCUUUUCUGGACUCCUUACAACAUCGUCAUUUUCAUGAUGUUCUUGCAUCACUUGGGCUACAUGCAAAGCUGUCAGUGGAAUCAGGACCUGAACAUGGCUAUGCAGUGGGUGGAAAUCAUAGCCUUCAGUCACUGCUGUCUAAACCCCAUAAUCUACGCCUUUGUGGGGCAGAAAUUCAGGAAAUUAUUCCUAAAGAUCCUAAAAGAGUGGUUUCCACUUUGUUUUGGCCAGUGUACACCAUUUGUAAGUGAGUUCUUAGAGAGGGUGAGCUCUACGUCCUCACACUCCUCUAUAACUUCCUGCCCUAAUGUUGUGUGAGCAAAAGUGGGCAAGAGUUCAGCAGUUGAAAUCUGGGUUAAGCAGACAUAAAUGAGACAUUAC